AUGAACGACAAUACCGGGUCGGCGUCGCUGUCGGCCCCGCUUGAGGUGCAGAAGCUCCGGAUCCAAUCGGCCGAUCUCGAGCCGCGCCGAGAUUCGGGCUACUUCACACAGUCACAGACUCCGGACCGAACCUCAAAGCAGUCGAGCCGCAGCUCGUCCAACUCCGUCGACAGGAUCCCUACCCAGACGCUGGUGUUGCGAUCAGGAGUCAAGGCUGGCGAUGACCUAUCCGAAUUUGACAUUCACGUGGAUGAAGCCACAAUUGAUCGGUUCAAAGUCAUACAGUUGCGGAUUGAAACACCGUUGUUGAAGUAUGUACAGAAGACCAAGGGAAAGUACCGCGCCAUGGCCAUACGGCUGAUGGUCCUUGGAAAGACAGCUGCCCAAGCGAAACCGCAUAUUGUGGUGCUGGCAGCUGAGGACCAGUGCAAGCGUGUGCGGAAGUUCUUUGAUAAGUCGUCGGUUCAAGACUUGGUUCGACCGUCCGAUAAAAGCUUGCCAUCAUUUGAGGUGCUUAUCUACGGGCGGCCUCCAGACCCCAAGAAAGCCGAGGAUGAUAUCGAUGUGUUGGCACCCCUCAUUAACGGCGACGUUGGCUUCACCGCUGACACCUUCUGCGGCGCUCCUAUUGUCAUCCGUCACCCGUCUGGAACAGAGAAGAGAGCCACACUGGGAGGAAUUAUCAAGGCUGUCAAUCAGCACGGGGAUUUCAGACUCUACGGCCUGACUGCGGGUCAUGUUGUCGGCAACUCAGACGAUUAUAUGUCAAUCGCUUCAGCCAGUGACAGUGUGCCCUCGACAAGUGACGAACUAUUCCUAUCAGACUCGGAAACAGAUUCUGACUGUGAAUCUGACUUGGAAAAUCCCUCCGAGAAGGACCGCACAUCUGCCAGCGAAGUUGAGGAGCGCGCCUCAGAAGCUGGAAAUUUGGAGAGUUCCGAGACAGUGUUGAUGUUCCAGGACGGCUCGACAGCUUGGUCAUCUCUCGAGCUCGGUGUCAUGGGAAGGAUCUCCAAAAAGAGCCCCCAAGUGGCUGAUCAGUCUGAUCGAGCAACAACCGAUGUCUCUGCUUAUUUUGACUGGGCUCUCAUUGAAAUGUCGAAGUACAAGCCAAAUCGACUGCGCCCUCGCACGCACAACGCUGAUGAUGCGGCGGACCCUGUAGCCACCACAUCGGGUGACUUGCUGAUGCCACCUCCAUCUUCUGAUUACAAUGGUGUGAGAAAGUCGGUAGUCGUCAUCACUGGAUCUGAGGGACCGAAAAGGGGGACUAUCUCGCCGCUUCCAUCGAGAAUCCUUAUGGGUCCCGGCAAGGUGUUUGUGGAUACAUUGGUAGUGAAUCUUGGUUUGGGAAAAGAAAUUGUCGACGGUGAUUCGGGAUCCUGGGUUGUGAACGAGAGAACCCUCGAAGUCUAUGGACACGUCAUUGCUUCCGACGCUUUUGGGGGCGGAUACAUCAUGCCGAUGCAAGAUACUCUUCGCGACAUCUCAAAAACCCUGCAGGCCAGGACGGUUACAGUGGCCUCUCUAAUUGACAUGGCCAGCGUUGCGAUGGAGAAGAUGGACUUAGCCAUCCCCGACCUUGAAGCGGAACUUACAACAGAACUAACUAAGACCCCUGCAUCAAAUGGAUGCUCGAUAACUACCGAUUUAGUCAACGGGGGAGCGAGCGAACUUAAUCCGCACAAGCGUAAAGAAAGUGAAAGAAGUAUCCAUUGGAGACGGAAUUCACAGCCACCUCAUGUAGAUUUGGAGCUCGAAGGAAGACGCCGUGCAAGGGAGCGAGUGAUAGAUGAUUUGAUCGGUUCAAGGACUCGAGCGAGACGAGAUUCUCGAGUCGUGGAUACUCGAUAUGGAUCGAGGCUUCUAGAAACUGACGAGAAAACUGGACGGGACAGGGACCUCGAACCAAGGUACCGUCCCAGAAGGUACGAACGAGAAAAGUCUGUCGACUUCGAUCGCCGACCCCAACAAGAUUUUUACAUCAGACCAAACAUCUUGCACAGAGGAGAUCUACGGGACGAGUACGAGUCCCCGGACAGAGCUCGUUUGUAUCGUCGCUUCCACGAAUCCGACGACAUUCAGCGUGGGCGUCUCAGCGACUUGGAAGCUCCUAGAGCUCGUAUUCCCCACCCGAACGACCGAAGUUCGAGUCUCGAUCGAAAUGAGCGUUCUGAAAGGGAUCGGAAUCGAGGCUUUGGCAUAGCCCUGGACGACCAUUACAACAGAAUACGGCCAGCCAGAUACCACCAUGACGAUGAAUACACUUAUCCGCAAGUUUCCAUAGCACUUCCGCACGGCAGAGAUGACUCCAGAGUCUCCCAAUCAUCCACCAGGCCAUACCAUUACACGCGCCGCCGAGACCGCUCUCCACGCCCGUCCGGCUUCACAGACUCGGGUUACAGCACGGCACGCAACUCUAAUGAUACAAUGUUUAUCCAUAUCUCAGGCGAGAGAGGAUAUGACUCCGGUUACAGCACGGGACGCUCCUCCGGUAGUCGCUCGGCGCGCCACUCGACCACUAACUCACAGGAAAACACACCGUUGCCACAGCACAUGGUUACUGUCCAUACCUCACACGGCUACGCGGAGGGACCAAAGGAUAGAAGUAGGCGUGUUGCGAGUGAGGAAAAGCUGGUCGAUCAAAGAAGAAAAGAGAUCACUGCCUUGAGAGAAGGAGUAGACAGUAUAGGACGAAAAGAUUCUGGCGACGCGUUGCAGAAAGAGAUUGACGCAUUGAAACAUCGAAUCGAUAUGAUGGCGGCUGAGUUGAAGGCUAGCACAGACGCAGUGGCUGAAGCUCUGCCUUCUAUUCGCGGUGAAUUGCAAAGGGGAAAGACGGUCAAGGCACAUAAUGAGGAGUCACAGAACCUAGAUGGCAAGGACGAGAGCACAACAUUGUGGUGA